AUGUCUGACGUUCAAUUUUUGUCACCUCAACUACUACAACGUAGAACUACUGCAGAAAUAUGUACACAAAAUAUUUCCUCACUUCCAAACGACUCAUAUGCGAUGUCAUCAAAUCAAGAUUACAAAGAUUCUAAAAUACA